AUGCGACGCGCAAUCGUAUUGCUCCUAUCCGGGCACGCACAAGCCCUCUCGACGCCGCCGACGCGCCUACGCCAGCGAUCGACCCGCCGGAGCGCCGCAAGCACCGCUGCACCCACUCAGAGCAAUGCCUACCGCCUCGCCUCGGCGGCCUCCGUCGCGGCCUGGUCCGCCUGCGCCGUCACGGCGCUGUCGCGGCAUCCGACGCUCGCGCUGCCUGCGGCGCACGCGCGCCUGUCCAUCCUGCAAGCGUUGACGCCGCUACCGCUGCUGACCGCGUCGUUCGAGGCCGCUCCCGAAGACCGCACGGUGCAGCUCGGCCUCGCCGCGGCGUCGGCCUGGCUCUGUGCUGCCGUCGUCUUCGCGCCGCGUUUCACGGCCACGGCGGCGGCGCGCGCGCCCGGCCUCGCGCACAUGGCGCACUCCGCGGCCAUCACCUACCCCGCGCCGCUGCGGGCAGUUGCUGCCGCUGUCCACGGCAGCGCGGCACUGCUCUGCGGCGCGGCCUACGUGUCGUCGCCGAACACGAAGCGGAGUUCGCAGUCGACGGUCUGGCGGGCCGUCGCGCUCGCCUUCGCGGGCUGGGCGCUCGUCGCGGCGGUGGCGCCGUUCCCGCUCGCGACGCUGCCGACGAUGCUGGGCCGGCGUCUCUCGCGGGCCUUUGGCGCUUUUUCAGUGCUAUACGCGGCGGCGGCGCUCUCGCUCGCGACAGCUGAUCAAAAAGUGCUCCGCCGCGGUGUCGCGCGCGCGGCCGCGGCGCACUGGGUCGCCGUCGGCGCGAAGGUCGUCGUGGAGCGCAAUUGCCUCCGCGAGUUCUACCCCGCGGCGUUCUCGCGGCCCGUCGCGUCAGUCGCAGCGCUGGGGACGUUUGCGGUGGCGCUUUUUGUGGCUGCUGGACGGCGUGAGAAUGGGGUGCGUUAA